AUGUCAACUUUAAAAGUAUUGCGUUCAGUUAAUAAAGGACUUUUAUUAAAACAUGUUGAGUAUUUGCCUCUUGCAAAUGCCAAAAAUAUUUCAAAUUCUCCAUUCUUAUCUAGUGAACAAUUAAACGCCCAAGUUUAUGGAGAAAAUAAAGUUGCUUCUCUUUCAAAAGCCAACUUCAGAAAAAUUGAUGAAAAAUCACUGGUAUUUAAUAAGAAUCCAGAUAAUUUUGGAACUUUGAGUGGUAACAGUAAGAUGAGAAAAAUAAUGGAAGAAAUAGAAGAGGAUGAUGAUAUAGAAGAAAUUAAUUACAUUGAUGGACAGCAAGGAAAAAUUUGGGAAAAGCCAAUUCAUUAUGCUAUGAUGAUAAAGAAACUUUUAAAUGAAAGAAAGCUAGUUGAAGCGUUGAACAUUUUAGAAGUAAAAAUGUUGAAAGAAGAAAGGGGAAAACCUGAUGUGUACAUAUAUAAUUUAUUAAUUAGUGGUUGUGCCAAAGAAGGAUAUACCAAAAAAGCUUUUCAACUUUUCAAUGAGAUGAAGAAACGAGGACUAAAACCAAAGCAAAGCACCUACACUUCAUUAUUCAAUGCAUGCUCAGAAGGCCCUUUUGCUGCUGAUUCUUUAAAAAAAGCCAGGCACUUAAGAGAACUAAUGCUGGAAAAGGGAGUCGAACCAAACUUAGCCAAUUACCAUGCAAUGAUCAAAGCUUUUGGACGACAUGGCGACCUAGAAACAAGUUUUUCAAUAGUUGAUGAGAUGGCUUCAAAACAGAUUCCACUUACUUCUGUUACAUUUAACUUCUUGUUACAAGCUUCUGCAUCAGAUAAAGAAGCUGGUUUUCGUCAUGCUCUCAUUGUCUGGAGGAAAAUGCUGGAGAAGAAAGUUGCUCCAUCACAUUUCACGUUCAAUCUCCUUCUUCGAUGUACCAGAGACUGUGGAGCAGGUGAUGUGAAUUCUGCACAAGAACUAGUCUCUAUGCUUGGUUCUGGCCAGGCUUUAAUUGACGGUGGUAUUAGUGAAGAAAGCUAUAAUCGUUUGGUCCCUCAAAGCCCAAACUUACUCCUUCCCACUGUUCAGCAGAGUUCAAUUUUGUCAGUAACAUCUACAAUUGAUAAAGCUUCAGACAGGUUGAUGCUUCUUGGGAAUACGGACGGUUUUUUUGCUAUGAUGGACUUAUUUAAAGCAGUUCCAGAUAUUAAAACGUUUUCACAGCUAUUGGAUAUUAUUCCUUCAACUACAGAAGCAGAACAUAAACUAAUUGCUGAAAUGAAAGCUAGAAAAGUAAUUAUAGAUGUAGAUUUCUGUAAUAUGUUGAUUAAGAAGAGAAAUUUUUCUGAGCGGACUCAGGCAGCCGUGGAAGUAUUAGAUUUAAUGAAGAAAGAAAAAUUAAUUCCUAACAUUAUGACUUUUGGAGUCCUUGCUCUUGGUUGCAAUAAUUUAGAAUCUACCAAAAAUUUAAUAAAUGAUAUCGAUGAGAUCGGAUUCAGGGUCAAUAUUCAAAUUCUAGGAGGCCUGAUGAAGCGUUGUUAUGAAAAGCUCGAUAUAGAUAUGGCAUUAUUUGUAAUAGAGAGUCUUUUAAAAGAAGAAAUUAGACCUUGUCCUAAUUUUAUGGUAAAACUCAUAUCAUUGAAAAAAUCCCUGCAAGGGAAUAUAGAAUUAAAGGAGCAAGGACUGGAAUAUCACCCAAAUAUUGAUGUUCCGAAUUUCAAUGAAAAAUUUUCUACUCUUUCAAGAAAAAUAAGAAAGUUAAAAACCAAAGUGGAAGAUUUGUCUAAGGUACAUCCAUGGGAGCAGUUUAAACAAAAGGCUGAAAAUACUAAUUAA